GUUCGGACUCGUGAAACACUCAGCUGAAACAUGACUGAAUAUUCAAACCGCAGUCAGUCCGGCGGUGAUUAUGAAUGGCAUUAUGAAUAUUAUGAUGACGAGGAGCCCGUGUCCUUCGAGGACCUGAGAGCAAACAGAUACUCUAUAGUGAUUGGCUUCUGGGUCGGACUGGCCGUGUUCGUCAUCUUUAUGUUCUUUGUUUUGACGCUGCUGACAAAAACAGGAGCUCCGCAUCCAGAGAUCCCUGAUCCCAGUGAAAAGCAUCAUGGUCUAGCUGACUGUGUGCUGGAGCUCGGCGGCUCUCAGGCGUUUUCUCUGCCGCCGCUGCCAGACGAAUCACGUUCCCUCUUUCACUUCUACAUUCACGAGGAGGCCGUCAGAGACGCUGUGAUUGGCCGAGGGAGGCGUUGUGGGCGGGGCCCCGGGCUCCGCCUCCAGAGGGCAGCGAAGGACGAGAGAGGAGAUGAAGACGAGCACUUCCUGUCCGACUUCCACAUUCCAAACUUUGUGAACUCCGAGCAGAACUCCAGCGUCGGCAACAAUGACUUCCUGCCGUGUGAGCCGCCAAUCAUCACAGACAGCCAAUCAGCUGCUCUGAAGAGCUUAGAGCCCGCCCACACUUCCUAUGAUGUCAUCAGACGCUAAGCUAACACACAGACUUGUG